ACUAACUCAGCCAGGGCUCAACCAAUUACAAUUACACAACUUAUUCCUACACAAAGUACUAAACCAAAAACUUUACAACAAAUAAUUACAGAUACAACACAACCAAGUACUGAACGGAGUCUAGAUUCAACUAGCACAGCCGGUACUGAUCAACCAUGUACAAGUACACAACUAAUUACUACAUUUAGUAGUACUCAACCAAGUUCUACACAACUAAUAACUACGCUUGGUAUACAACCAAGUACAACACAUAGUACAAAACCAAUUAGUAUAAAUGUAACACAACCAAGUACUACACAAAGUACAGCACAAAUUACAACACGUAAUACACAACCAAGUGCCGUACAACAAAUAACUACACAUAGUACACAACCAACUUCUAUACAGCAAAUAACUACACAUAAUUCACAAUCAACGACCAUAUUUAUUACACAACCAAGUACUGUUCAACUAAGCACUACACAUGUUAGAAAACCAAGUACUACACAAGGUUCAACACCAGCUCCCGAGGGUCCCAGCAGCACUCCUGAUCUCGGGCAGCCGUCAGACAACGGGCUGUCAAGGCUUUAUCAGGCCGUGGCGUCCCUGAUCUGCAGCCUCACAAUUAACGGGCAUUGCUUCCUGCAGCCACCAACCAUGAAGUUAGUCAGAAUUUUGCAGUGGACUCUCUCGCUGGCAGCCGAGACCAUAUCGUUGACUUUACUUUGUUUCUGGGACUCUGGCUAUGUCCCUCCCAUUGCACUUGUGUCUGUUGUGCUGUUUACUAGUCUUUUAGGUUAUUGCUUGUUGAUAGCUUCUCUGGCCAUUGGACCCAGUCAUGAAUUGAAAAAAAUCCAUGAUGGUGUUUCCAAACUGGUUACUAUCCUUCACGAGGUGCUCCUCCUUGCUGCAAUUUUCCUGUGUCUUUGGAAGAUCAAGGAGAGUGAUGUUAUGAAGAUUUGCUGUGACAGCUUCUUGCUUCUGGGAGCAAUGGCUGGUUAUGCUGCAUGGAGGUUCCUCUUCAUCCUAAUUUUCCUAUUGAUUAUUUUUCUUUUCAGAACAACAAUGGCACAAAGAAAUCGAAGAGGAAAUGAUUAUACUGAUAGCAGAUGUAGGAAGAGCACAGUCAUCAUCUUAAACCUUGGAAAUAUAGCAUUUGCUAUUGCUUUGAUUGUUCUGAUGUUUCCUUGCUUCUAAUAUUUUCUACUGUUAAAAUCCAGUUUCAGAAUGAAACGGAUCAUUUAUUUAAAAUUAUGUCAAAUUACCUUCAUUCAAGCAUUUCCAUUCAUUAUCAUCAGGCAGUUAUUUAUUACAUUUCUGAUUUUGAGAUGAUAUCUCUUAAUAUACGAUUUGUUCAUGCCAUCACGGGUUAACUCGGGUUUUGUUAAAGGCCAAAUGCCAGUGUAAGCAUAAAAAUGUUUUUGUUUUGGCAAGCUAGUGUUAUAUGCUAUAUGUGGCUAUAUGCCCCUGCAUUUCAAAUAAAUAUCUCCUGUCUCCUCCA